AACAACCCUUUUCCCCUGGCGGUCAAAUGCUCCUCCCAGCACAGCCAGGAUGUGCAUCCCACAUCCCUCAUCCACAUCCCACACCCCUCCUGUCGCCCUUUCCAGAUCAAGCUGAAGGAGAUUUUCGAGACGCCCUCGGAGAUCGCGCUCGUCCUGGAGUUGGUGACGGGGGGAGAGCUCUUUGACAGGAUUGUGGAGAGGGGGUUCUACAGCGAGCGGGACGCGGCUCACGUGGUCAAGCAGAUCCUGGAGGCUGUUUCGUAUUUGCACGAGAACGGGGUGGUGCACCGGGACCUGAAGCCGGAGAACCUGCUCUACGCAGACCUGUCCCCCGACGCACCCCUCAAAAUCGGUGACUUCGGGCUGUCCAAGAUCGUGGACGAGCAGGACACCAUGAAAACUGUCUGUGGGACGCCGGGGUACUGCGCCCCCGAAAUCCUCCACGGGUGCCCCUACGGCCCCGAAGUGGACAUGUGGAGCGUGGGCGUCAUCACCUACAUCCUGCUCUGCGGCUUCGAGCCCUUCUUCGACCCCCGUGGGGACCAGUACAUGUACAGCCGCAUCCUCACCUGCGACUACGAGUUCGUGUCCCCGUGGUGGGACGAGGUGUCCCCCAACGCCAAGGACCUGGUGAGAAAAUUGAUCGUUCUGGACCCCCAGAAGAGGCUGACAGUCUACCAGGCUCUGGAGCACCCCUGGGUCACCGGCAAGGCCGCCAAGUUUGCUCACAUGGACAGCACGCAGAAGAAGCUGCAGGAAUUCAAUGCCAGGAGGAAGCUGAAGGCUGCCAUGAAGGCCGUGGUGGCCUCCAGCCGCCUGGGCAACCACGGCCACCACGACUGUUCCCGCGGCGGGCGCAGCCAGGGGGGUCCCCGCCCGCCCCAGGGCACGGGGACCGGCGGCCCCGCAGCCACCGCGGCCGGCGAGGACCUCGGCGUGUUCCAGAGCGACCACCCCCCCGUGCCCCCCGUGCCCCCCGUGCCCCCUGUGCCCGUGCCCGGUGCUGGCUGCCAGAGCUAAGGGGGUCACCUUCGACCACUGACACCCACUGAGCCC